UCUCCACCUUUUCUCCGCUCGGUUUCGUGCGUCGGGUUUCGCUGUGUUCCUGUCGAGGUUAGGGCUGUAUCCGUUCGAAAGGGAAGCGAUGUCGGUCUCCGGUCGCCGCCGCGACGGCAAAUCCGGAGGAGGCGGACGCGAUCGGAUCAACUUCGAGGAGAGAGAAUCCCAUCGCAAGCACAAUUUCUAUCAAGAUAAGGAAAGUAAUGGGGGGCGCGAUAAGAAAAGAGAACGGAACCAAGAUAAGGAAAGAGAUCAGAGUUUGAAAAUAGAGAGAGAGCAUGCUCAAGAGAAAGAAAGACAUUCUGACCGCCAUAGAGACUAUCGUAGACAUAGAAGUACGAACAAUGAAAGAGAAAAGAGCAACCUUGAUGAACGGGACUACUUCUAUGGCCGUGACAAUAAUCGCCAAAAAUAUGAUCAUGAAAAAGAUAGACAAUACAAAUAUAGGUCACGAUCGCGUUCGAAGGAUAGAUACGACAAACGAACCAAAUCACCAUCUCCACCUAAAAGUAAGCGCACAAGUGGUUUUGACAUGGCUCCUCCUAUUGCUUCUGGUCUGCCUGAACCUACUGCUACAGGGAAUAUAGGAUCACUGCCUGUUGUUCCUCAACUAAUGAGUGGAACUUUACCGACAAUGUUGCCUAUUACAGCAUCCCAGUUUGGGCCACUUGGACUAAUGCCAGCACAAGCAGUGGCCCAACAGGCAACAAGGCAUGCACGACGCAUAUAUGUUGGAGGUCUUCCCCCUAUGGCAAAUGAGCAGACAAUUGCUACAUUUUUUAGCCACAUAAUGUCUGCUAUAGGAGGAAAUUCUGCAGGGCCAGGUGAUGCUGUGGUCAAUGUGUACAUAAAUCAUGAAAAGAAAUUUGCUUUUGUUGAGAUGAGAUCAGUUGAAGAAGCAAGUAAUGCAAUGUCAUUGGAUGGCAUAAUAUUCGAGGGAGUUUCAGUGAAAGUUCGAAGGCCCACCGACUACAACGCUUCCUUAGCUGCAGCACUUGGACCCAGUCAACCCAGUCCUCAUUUAAACUUAGCUGCGGUUGGUCUUUCAUCUAGUAACACAAUUAUGGGAUCAGAGGGACCAGAUCGCAUCUUUGUCGGCGGACUUCCUUACUAUUUUGCAGAUGCACAAAUAAGGGAGCUACUGGAAUCAUUUGGGCCUCUGCGUGGCUUAGAUCUUGUAAAGGAUAGGGACACAGGAAACUCAAAAGGUUAUGGAUUUUGUGUAUACCAGGAUCCAUCAGUGACUGACAUUGCUUGUGCUGCUCUAAACGGGCUUAAAAUGGGGGAGAAGACAUUAACUGUACGACGUGCCACUGCUAGCAUGGGGCAAAUGAAGCCAGAGCAGGAAUUAAUUUUACAACAGGCACACGAACACAUAGCAAUGCAGAAACUUGCUUUUAAAAGUGGAGGGAUCUCACCUUUUCCUGAGGCUGGUUCAGUUGUGAAUGCUGCUGUGGAACUUCCAACCAAAGUUAUAUGUUUGACUGAGGUUGUUUCUGUUGAUGAGCUGAGAGAUGAUGCAGAAUACAAAGAAAUAGUAGAGGAUAUGAGAGAAGAAAGCGAGAAGUUUGGUUCACUGAUAAAUCUUGUCAUACCACGUCCUAGUCAAACCGGUGAAAUGAUUCCAGGAGUUGGAAAGGUCUUUUUGGAGUAUGCAAAUAUCGCAGACUCAGCUCGAGCAAAGGUUGCUCUCCAUGGCAGAAGAUUUGGGGAAAAUGUCGUCUGUGCUGCAUAUUACCCUGAAGAAAAAUUCUCUUCCGGGGACUAUGACACGAUAGUGGUGGUUUAACCGGGAUAUCCUCAUUGUUACCUUUUGGUUACCUGACUAACAAUGCCAUUGUAUGGGUUUUCACAUACAAUCAAAUCCAUUACCCACACUCAUCGAUUGAACAAUACUCUUCCUGGUUGGAGCUAAGAGUGCCUCAGUCCAUAGUUUGUGUAUGAGUAUGAUAUCCAUGCUGAUCUAUCUUAUUAAAAAUGGACCGUCCUAUAUCUAGCAGUGAUAUCAUUUUAGCAACUUA